UCCCGCCCGCCCAACCCAUUGCGUCACCGGAAGUGCGGCGGCGGAAGUAGUAAAAGCCGCACGGAGGUCUGAGACGUCUCCUUUGAGAAAGUAGUAAAAGCGGGCCGGGCGCUGUGGGCUGGCCGGUGGGAUGGCGGAUGAGGAAGAGGACCCCACCUUUGAGGAAGAAAAUGAAGAAAUUGGAGGAGGUGCGGAAGGUGGGCAGGGUAAAAGAAAGAGACUUUUUUCUAAAGAAUUACGAUGUAUGAUGUAUGGGUUUGGGGAUGACCAGAAUCCUUAUACUGAGUCGGUGGAUAUUCUUGAAGACCUUGUUAUAGAGUUCAUCACUGAAAUGACUCACAAGGCAAUGUCAAUUGGAAGACAAGGGCGGGUACAAGUUGAAGAUAUCGUCUUUCUGAUACGGAAGGACCCAAGGAAGUUUGCGAGGGUUAAAGAUUUGCUUACUAUGAAUGAAGAAUUGAAACGAGCUAGGAAAGCAUUUGAUGAAGCGAACUACGGAUCUUGACAACUUUGGAACUUACUGAAGCUUCCUUAUCUUUUGGGGAGACCAUAUAUAUAACCAUAUGUUUUCCAUAGGAAGGUCCCCAUAACUAGCGAUGUAAGUGAAAGGUGGAGAAGCACGAAGUUUCCCACCUUCAUUUUCAUGUCUUCUAUUUAAGACUGAUAUUUGAGCCCUAACCGGUUUGGCUCAGUAGGUAGAGCAUUGGCCUGUGGACUGAAUGGUCUCAAGGUUCAAUUCUGGUCAAGGGCACAUGCCUGGGUUGCGGGCUCAAUCCCCAAGGCAGCCUAUCAAUGGUUCUCUCUCAUCAUUGAUAUUUCUAUCUCCCUCUCCCUUCCUCUCUGGAAUCAAUAAAAAUAUAUUUAAAAAAAAAGAAAGAAAAAAAAAGUGAUACUGGAGCCUUUAACAGCCUGCCAUUAUACAACCAUACUUGAAUUACUUACUGGGUUUUAAUGACCAUACAUAAGUUAAAGGAUCUUGCAAACCAUGUAGUACCUUCUGACUUCUGACUCUCUAAACCAGUGGUCGCCAACCGGUGUUCCGUGGGACACUGGUGGUCCGUGAGGUCUAAAAGGUUGGCGACUGCUGAAUUCUAAACAAUGAAGUAUUUAUGUAUUAGGUGCAUUUGUGCCAUUGUGGGGCAUGCUCUUUAUUUUAUUUUUUUAAAUAAUUCUUUAUUGUUGAAAGUAUUACAUAUGUCCCCUUUUUCCUCCCUUUGGCCCCCUCCAGCUUCCCCCUCCAGGUCAUGCUCUUUAAUAUGUGAACUCUAAAUGGUAUCUUUGACUUUCUGAUAGCUAAGACAUGAUAAUUAAUGUUUUCAGACUACAGUAAUCUGAGAGGUUAUUAAAAGAUAGUAAAAUGGUUUGUGUUUCUUUUAAGGAGAAGAUGAUAGAAGAAAGUACAGUCUUUUGUAGGAGUGUUUAUCUGUCGUAAGGUAAUACUUUGUUUUAAUAUUCUUUCCUUUUGAUAGAAUGCUUUUUGGGAGGGAGAAAUUAAAAGGUUCAUGUGAGUGCUUCAUGUUAAAGGCUUUUUUGAUUUAAAACCUCUAGGGCAUAUACGAUUUGUCAAGUUUUAAGAAAACUCAUUUUCCCAGGUCACAUUUCCCUUCUGUAUAAAAAUAAAUGCUUUCAGUAGCAGGAAUGGCAUUGUUAAAAAGCUGACAGCAGGACAAGCAUUUAGGUGUUUUAUUAACAUUUGUUAGUACUUGUUCAUUGUGGAAUUGUGAACUUGACUAAACCAUAUGUGGUUAUGGAAACUACUUUUGUAGAUCAGGAUAUACAGCUUUUGUGUGUAUUUAGCUUAUUGUAUUAUUAUUGUACUUAGCUUAAAAUCAGGAUUAAAUUGCAUUUAGAGGGAUCACUGAAUAUUACUCUGAAACUGAAUGUGUGCCACUUCUGAACACCUAUAAAUCAGUCCUGGAGAAUUUUACUUUCUUACCCUAUUUAAGGUCUGAAAAAUUAAAAAAAGAUCAAUACUAUAA